AGUUCAGUCCAGGUAACUGCGACUGUUCUGUCCGCUGGUGACAGGAAGCACACUGACUCUGCAGGCUCCAGACAGGACUUUAACGGAAAACAGACGAGAAUGGCUGCACUGCUUCGUCUGAGGCAAUGCCACUCCAAGGCCAAUGCCAUCUGUAAUCUUCACACCAGCAGCCGGGCCUCUGCUAAAGAGCACUACAAAAUGCUUGUGCUCGGAGGAGGCAGCGGGGGCAUCACAAUGAGUGCACGGAUGAAGAGGAUGAUGGGAGCCGGGAACGUCGCUGUCAUAGAGCCUAGUGAGAUGCACUACUAUCAGCCAAUAUGGACCCUGGUCGGUGCCGGUGCAAAAUCUGUAGCCUCAUCCGGUCGACCCACUGCGAGCGUAAUACCUUCUGGAGUGAAGUGGGUCAAAUCUAAAGUUCAGGAAAUAAACCCAGACACAAAUAUGGUCCUCACAGAGGAUGGAACUGAAAUCUCAUAUGAGUAUUUGAUUGUGGCUCUUGGAAUACAACUGCAUUUCGAGAAGAUCAAAGGACUACCAGAGGGGUUCAAACAUCCAAAGAUCGGGUCAAACUACUCAGUGGAAACUGUGGAGAAAACAUGGAAAGCUCUGGAGAACUUCACCGAGGGCAACGCUGUGUUCUCUUUCCCAAAUACUCCUGUGAAAUGUGCCGGAGCGCCACAGAAGAUCAUGUACCUUUCAGAUUCCUUUCUCAGGAAGACAGGAAAAAGGGCCAAGGCCAAUAUAAUAUACAACACAUCACUCCCUGUGAUCUUUGGCGUCAAGAAAUAUGCUGACUCAUUGUGGGAAAUUGUGAAAAGCCGUGACCUACAAGUGAACCUGAGGCAGAACCUGAUAGAAGUGCGGGCAGACAAACACGAAGCUGUGUUUGAAAACCUUGACAAACCAGGAGAAACAAAUGUCAUUGAGUAUGAAAUGCUUCACGUCACACCCCCAAUGGGACCCAACUUGGUGAUUAAAGGCAGUCCACUGGCAGAUGAGGGCGGCUGGUUGGAUGUCAACAAAGAGACUCUCCAACAUAAGACGUAUCCAAAUGUGUUUGGGAUCGGAGACUGUACCAGCCUGCCCACGUCCAAAACUGCUGCUGCUGUCGCUGCACAGUCUGCCAUCCUGAACAGAACCAUCAGCAAAGUCCUGAAAAAAGAGAAGCCAGAUAAGAAGUAUGAUGGCUACACAUCAUGUCCACUGGUUACGAGCUACAACACAGUCAUCCUGGCAGAGUUUGACUACAAUGGACAACCUCUGGAAACGUUCCCCAUCAACCAGGCCAAAGAAAGACGAUUAAUGUACUACAUGAAAGCUGAUGUAAUGCCUCAUCUCUAUUGGCACGGGCUUCUCAGGGGCCUGUGGGGUGGACCAGGACCGUACAGGAAACUCUUUCAUCUUGGGAUGAAAUAAACCCUUAAUCAUGCGUUACA